GUAGCGAGUAUUCUGUAAUCUUCCAACCUGUGUUAUAAAUCAGUGUGCGUGCUGCUCACGAGACUUUGGGCAGUAGAGCUCUGUAAACUGAUCUAGGACUUUGAGCCCGAGCUGGGAGGGUGGCGGUGUAAGGCUGACAGAUAUCCGUGCAAGAGUUUCAGAAAAUGAUCAGCUUCCAGGAUGUGGCCGUGGACUUCACCUCAGAGGAGUGGCAGCUGCUUGACUGUGAUCAGAGAGCCUUGUAUUGGGAUGUGAUGUUGGAGAACUUUAGAAACCUCAUCUCGUUGGGAGCUCUAGUUACCAAGAGGAAGGCAAUCUUCAAGGUGGAGCAAGGACAAAAGCUGCAGGCGGUGGAGGGAAAGAGCCCACAGUGGAGCCACCUGGAAGCUGACUGCCCAUUUGUUCAUGAAUCACAGAAGCACCAGAAAAGCAAAGACGAUUUUUUGAAUUCAGUUUUGUUCAUGUUCAAUAAAAUUCUGACUAUGGAGAGACUCCAUGGUAGUAUGAGCACAUGUCAUAUUGGAAAAAAUCAUAUAAAUGCAAGAAAGAUACUAUAUAAAUGCAAAUCAUAUGGGAAGAGUUUGCAACCUACUUUAGACUUACUUAAUUAUAAUAGAUAUUAUAAUGGAGAAAACUCUUAUGAGUGCAAGGACUGUGGGAAGGCCUUCAAAAAGAAGUUUCAUUUAAUUAGACAUGAAAAAAAUCACACAAGAAAAAAACCCUUUGAAUGCAAUGACUGUGGGAAAGCCUAUAGCAGGAAGGCACACCUUGCAACUCAUCAGAAAAUUCAUAAUGGAGAGAGACCCUUUGUGUGCAGUGAUUGUGGAAAAGCUUUUAUGCAUAAAGCGCAGCUCGUGGUUCACCAGAGACUUCACACUGGAGAGAAACCCUAUGAAUGCAGUCAGUGUGGGAAAUCGUUCACGUGGAACUCCUCCUUUACUCAACAUGUGAAAUCUCAUACACUGGAGAACUCAUUUGAAUGUAAGGAAUGUGGCAAAACCUUCAGGUAUAGUUCAUCCCUUUAUAAACAUUCUAGAUUUCAUACAGGAGAGAAACCGUACCAAUGUAUCAUAUGUGGCAAAGCCUUUGGCAACACGUCUGUGCUUGUUACUCAUCAAAGAAUUCACACAGGAGAAAAGCCUUAUGGAUGUGUUGAAUGUGGCAAAGCCUUCAUCAAGAAGUCUCAUCUCCUUAGACAUCAGAUAACUCAUACAGGAGAAAAGCCCUAUGAAUGUAACAAAUGUGGGAAAGCAUUUUCCCAGAAGUCAAAUCUUAUUGUACAUCAAAGAAUUCAUACAUGAUAUUCACUUUAUGAAUAUGAGAACGCCUUAGAUAUUAAAUAAAUUUUAUUAAAUAGCAGAGAUUCAUGGUGAGGAGAAAUCGAAGAAUUAGAAUGAAUUUGGA